AUGAAAUGGGCCGUAUCAAAGCCCAUCAAAGCGCAUUAUUGGUGGUGUUGGAGAUCUAGGUUUCCCUCAUCCACGGCAGGAAAUAAUAAAUCGCGUUAUGUUGCGCGAAAUUUUUCUUCUCAUGAUAAUAAAUCGCAUUAUGUCGCGAGGAAUUCUUCUUCUGAUGAUAACAAUAGGGCGGCAGACAAUAAAUCGCAUUAUGUGGCGAGGAAUUCUUCUUCUGAUGACACUAAUAGGAGCAGCGUUAAGUCGCCUUGGCUUAUGCUUCCCCCCUUGGUGGAAUGCGGCAACAUGUUGUAUUAUAAUUUCUACAAUUUGGCAGAAUCCCAAAUAGAGAGAAGAAGAUCAACAUUGGAAGGAGACGAUAUUGAUGCCAAAAUUGUGGGUUCCUCUCACGGCUGGAUAGCUGUGCUGAACCGACGCAAUCACGGGCUGCUCGUCUGGAACCCAAUCACUGAGGUACGCAUAAACCUUCCAUCCCUCCUCACCUUGCCCGAUCCCCAAAUUAACUGCUGUGGAAUCGUAUCCAAGCUCAUACUCUCCUGCUCCCCCGACCACGAUCUAGAUCAAUGUCGUGCCAUGAUGAUUUUUGGGCCCUUUGACCGGCUGGCUUUCUGCCAGCCCGGCUGCAGCACCCACUGGACCCCCAUCGGCCAUUUGUAUUGGACUAAGUAUUUGUAUGGGGAGGCAAGCCACCACAGCGACGAGGAGGACGACUAUGUCAGGCGGUACACCGAUUGCGUCUAUUCCCCCACACACAAACUCUUCUUCUGUUAUGUGAUGUGGAGAUUGGAGUGUUGGGAUCUUCGGGACCUCGAGUGCCCCAGGAUUUGUUGGUCGGAGAUUGUACGCUAUAUGUCUGGGGUUGCUAGUGAACGAGAGACGAGAGCCCUCUGUUGGAGAUAUCCGGAUGUGAUGACACAGCAAUUCCUUGUGGUGGCAGAGCAGAUGAAUCAGCUUUUCCUCAUGGAUCGACAAGUAUGCUUACGGAUGGGCCCUGACGCUACCUAUCGUCCGCAUAUCUACUUUGGUAAGUAUAGGGGUUGGGAUGACAAAUUCCCCCAACAAACCUUUUCUUUCGAUGUUUUUAAAGUUGACUAUAUUUCGGGCGGCGACGACACUCAGCCCAAGCUUAUUAUGACUAGCGUGGAGGGUUCGCUGGAUGGGCUGGCAAUGUUUAUUGGCAAGAACCACUCCUUUGCCAUCUCCACACCAACCAACAAUGGCCUAAAAAGUGAUUGUAUUUACUUUACUGACACAAAUAGACACCAGCCUCCAGCGGGCUCGAUGUUUGGGGGCCACGAUAUCGGCAUUUAUCAUUGCGCAACCAGAACAUUUUCUGAUUGUUUUUAUCCACGGGACACCAACAAAAUAAAGAAGAUUGUACCGUUCUCGGGAAUCGAACGAGAAUGGGUUCGAACGGGCUCGACGGUUAACUCGUCUCGCCGGAAAAAGGAAGGCUCGACGUGCACGGAAGGAGGAGGCUUGCUGCUGGUUCGCUGGUUGCCGGAAAAAGCUCCAAAGAUGAUGACGCACGAACUUUACGACGAGGGUGAUGAGACGAGCGCGCGAUGA